CUCUUUCUUUUGAAGUGAAAAACAAGAGAAGAGAAUAUGCCGCGCUGGCACAUUUCACCAUAGCUGAAACAGUGUUCUCACUCUCUAUCUCAGAGUGCGCGGGUUCCACACUCACAGGUGAAAGUGAAUAAACACUUCCAUGAACCCAAAUCAUUAGAAAUCUACAAGAUUUAAUAAAUAAUUAGUUCUUAAAUUUUUUCCUCAUCACCAUCAUCAGAUUAAAAGAAGCCCCAAUGGAUUCUUUACUUCUGGGAGCGCAUUCAAAACCUUCUUCACAUCUCUCAUGUAGAAUUGUUAACUCUUUCGACUUCUCUAAAGCUACAAAGAGUUGGAGAUGCGAUGCAUUCAAGGCUGUUCAGUAUCCAAGUGUUGCACCAGUACAAAUUUCAUGCUCAAGAGCACGGAACGUCUUAACUAACUAUAGUAGUGGAAGUUCUCAAAGAUAUCCUAUUAGUCAUUUUUUGAAAAGCAGUGAUGAAUUUAAUGGGAGAUCUUGCAAGAAUGGUCUCGUGAAUGCAGCUUCUGGACAGUCUUUAGAAUCAGAGCCUGAAAAAUCUGGUAAUAGCAAGAGCACCCAGAAGCCCUUACAAACUGCCAUCGAUAUUUUCUAUCGAUUUUCACGGCCUCACACGGUUAUAGGCACAACAUUGAGUAUAAUCUCAGUUUCUCUGCUUGCUGUGGAGAGGUUGUCAGAUGUUUCACCUUUGUUCUUAACUGGGGUAUUGGAGGCCAUUGUUCCCGCACUAUUGAUGAAUAUCUACAUUGUGGGAUUAAAUCAGUUGUCUGACAUCGAGAUAGACAAGGUUAACAAACCAUAUCUUCCUCUUGCGUCGGGAGAGUAUUCUGUUAGAACAGGGAUCAUGAUUGUUACAUCUUUCGCCGCCAUGAGCUUUGGUCUUGGAUGGGUUAUUGGUUCGUGGCCAUUAUUUUGGGCACUUUUUGUCAGUUUUAUACUUGGAACAGCAUAUUCAAUCGAUCUGCCAUUCUUGCGAUGGAAGAGAUUUGCGUUGGUUGCAGCAAUGUGCAUCCUAGCUGUUCGAGCUGUGAUUGUACAACUUGCAUUUUUCUUGCACAUGCAGACAUUUGUUUAUAGAAGACCUGUUUUCUUUACAAGGCCUUUGAUAUUUGCGACUGCAUUCAUGAGCUUCUUCUCGGUUGUGAUAGCCUUAUUCAAGGACAUACCCGAUAUUGUUGGAGACAAGAUAUUUGGAAUUCGUUCUUUCACUGUACGCCUUGGUCAAGAGCGUGUAUUCUGGAUUUGUGUAUACCUCCUUGAGAUGGCUUAUGCUGUGGCUAUAUUGGUUGGAGCAUCUUCUUCAAGCCCUUGGAGUAAACUAGUGACUGUUUUGGGCCACAUUAUCUUAGCUUCGAUUCUCUGGUUACGUGCCAAAUCUAUCGAUCUAAAGAGUAAAACUGCAAUAACAUCCUUUUACAUGUUUAUAUGGCAGCUCUUUUACGCGGAGUACUUGCUCAUUCCACUAGUGAGGUGAAAACUUUGAACCAGAAAACUACUCCAUAGAUCUCCAUAUUUGCUAAGCUUGGUGUUUUCAUUCCAAUGGAUGCAAAUCAGCAAGUAAAGGUACAUACAUAAAGGUGACUAGAGGCUAGUAUUGAUGUAUUACUAUUAUUGACCUGGGUUCAUAUUUAUGCUCAUUUUGUGCUAAGCUGUAAGCAUGUAGAGCCUAUAUGUACCACUAGAUUAGUCAGAAAGACUAGGCUGUAUGUACAAUUGCUCGUAGAAACCGGAUCAAGUAAUUCCAAAUUGAAUUUCGAAUUGUUUAUUUUGCGAUCCUGUGUCACCAACUAUAGUUUCAGAAUUGAAAUGACUCAUUAGUACUUCCAAAA